AUGGGUGAUACCCGCGACGAAAAUCAUUUGCGUACUGAUAGCACAGGGUGCCUUACGAUCGAUACCACUUUCUCGCCCAAAGUCGGUAACGACGGUGAUGGCGCCCACGGCUCGCUUCCACAUCUCCAACAGAUCAUCGAGAAAUUAUUGCAAGACGGUGAUGCUUUAGCAGGCGUUCUGAAGCUCGCCAUCAUCGGCCAGUGGACAGCCAGCGCUGACGACACACCCUUUACAGAAGAUAAAGAAGACUGGAAUCUAGUGACCGUCCGCUCGCGCUCAAGCUCCAACAGCGACGGCUUAGGCAUCGAGAUCGAACGCAGCAUCCGAAUGACGAACGAGGAGCUGGAAUGGCGAACCGGAGUCCAGUAUAUCGAAACUCUCAUCCAGAAGCUUGCAAACCUGCUACCCUUCACCUGGACAACUACCCUCCCCUUCUCCGCAUCCCUCUGGCCAGCUCUCCCACAAACCCUUCACCACCUUAUCCUCGACAUCUCCCUCCCCUUCCGGCCCGACUCCCCCUCCUCACCCGACAUCACCCACAACUCCCCGUUCUUCGCGCAAGAGGAUCUUCGGCCCCUCUGCACCUUCACCGAACUGCGCUCCUUGAGCAUUCACGGCAUGAUGGAGUCCUUCCAAUCAACGAUCUGGGAGACCGUAUGGCGCAACCGCAAUCUGCACACAUUGGACCUGCGCAUGGCGCUCGAACCCAUUGUGCGGGCAUCCUAUCAGCACGGUGAGUGGUUACGGAUUAACGAGGCGUGGAGCGUGGAUAUGCCUGGAAGACCGCAGUGCAGCGCGCUGCUGAAGUAUCUUGGCAACGAAGGCGCCGGCUCCCUCCACCACCUCCACGGCCACGGCGAAUACCUCGACAUCCUCGCGAUCCGCAAAGCGCGCAUUGCCGCAAGCAUACACGACCAGAUCGAAUCUUUACCCCUUGUAAAGCUCCGGCUGGAAGGGUUCGUCGUGGACGGGUGUCCGUUUGAGCGAGGCUUCGAGCGGCUGCGAGAGAUUGAGUUUGGGCGCGGUUGCAUUGAUGCCGGGUUUGAGUUGCCGAUGGGGUUGAGUGAGAGGGUUCUGGUGAGGGUGCCGGGGAUGGGCGAUAAGGAUGGGGUUGGAGAAGCGGGAGAAGCGAGGAAGAAUAGGGUGGUGGAUGGGGUGAGGAUGGAUGAGCGUGAGGGUUGUAGGGAGAGCAUGAUGUGA